GAUUCAAUUUUUCCUUGAGGGCUCAUUUGACUUCUUAUGCCCUACACUGCCCUUUAUACUGAAAGUUGGGCCUGAAGAACGGAUUGGAUUGCGAUGGAACAUAGCUGGUAAGGACCCAUCCUCAGUACUGCCAUGUACUUCCCUCGGCAUUACAUCAAGAGACCGGGAAAGUCGCCAACUUUGGGGCAAAGUGAGGCGGAGUUCUAACUACUGCAGAGAGGAUGGUAAUACAGAACUGUCCGUUUCUCUGCCUUUUGGUGCAUUGGGCUGGCUGAGCCAUUCUCAUGACCAGGGCAAGAAACGAUUCCUCUGGAGGCCACAUCUUUAGGUCUCUCUCUCUCUCUCUCUCUCUCUCUCUCUCUCUCUCUCUCUCUUCUUUUUCAUCUCUUACCACAGGUGUGGGAGCAGAGAGGGAGAGAGACUCAGAGUGGGAGCAGUGUGGUGAGGUGACCCCGAAGGUGAAGGAUGCUUGUGGAAACCGACCCGGCGGAGAGGGAGCCAGAGCAGCUCAGUGCAGUAAAACUGGAGGAGGAGGAGGCUGCUGGCCAGGAGGACCCCAGGCGGCCAGAGAUCAGGCUCCGGCCCGAAGUGGCUCACCAGCUCUUCCGAUGCUUCCAGUAUCAGGAGGACAUGGGGCCCAGGGCCUCGCUGAGCCGGCUCCGGGAGCUCUGCGGCCACUGGCUGCGGCCAGCACUGCACACCAAGAAGCAGAUCCUGGAGCUGCUGGUGCUGGAGCAGUUCCUGAGUGUGCUGCCCCCGCACAUCCUGGCCCGGCUCAAGGGCCAGCAGCUCAGGGACGGCGAGGAGGUGGUGCUGCUGCUGGAGGGUGUCCAGAGGGAGUCCAUUGACGUGGGGCCACUGGACUUUAGUUUUAAUGCUGGCAAGAACUGUCCCCGUGCAGACAUCACCGUGGAAGAGCACGGGGACCCUUCCCAGGUCUCUGUCCACAGCCCCAAAAAAGAAGUGCCCCCAGAAAAGCCUCCAGCCCUGGAACCAGCACCGGAACUCCUGCCCCCCCAGCCAGGGCCCUCCCAGCCUGCUGAGCAGGGGGCCUGGAGACUUCCCCCAAGUUCAAAGCAGCCGCUGAGCCCAGGUCCCAAGAGGACAUUCCAGGCCCUGCAGGAUAGUGCCCCCCAGGGCCCCGAGCUGUGGUCUGAAGAGAACUCCCGUGAUCAGGAGCUGGCAGCAGUCCUGGAGUCCUUGACCUUUGAAGAUGUCCCCGUGAAGAAGGCAUGGCCUGUGUACCCUCUGGGAUUUACAAACAGAAUCCCACACGAGUUCCAAGAAGAUCCCAAAGGGGUCGCCUGGCCUGCUGCUAGCGCAACAGAGUCUCCAGACAGUCCAGGGGCGGCAGCAGAGGCCCAGGAGCAGCCGCUGGGGCAGGGCCCCGCGGUGAGCAGCUCCCGGGGAGGAGAGUCCUCCGACAGCAAGAGUGACGUGCUUGCCGAGGGCCAAGCGGCCGCCGGGGCCCCCAAGUCGGAGCCAGAGCCCAAGUUCAUCUGCACAGAAUGUGGGGUGAGUUUCCCGAAGCUGUCCCGCCUGGAAGGGCACCUGCUGCGCUCUCACCCGGGCCGGCGGUCCUUCCAGUGCCUGUGCUGCGGGAAGACCUUCGGCCGCAACUCCAUCCUCAAGCUGCACAUGCGCACGCACACGGAUGAGCGGCCGCACGCCUGCCAUCUGUGCAGCCACCGCUUCCGCCAGAGCUCCCACCUCAACAAGCACCUGCAGACACACUCGGAGCCCGCCUUCCUGUGCGCCGAAUGCGGCCAGGGCUUCCAGAGCCGGACCAGCCUCCUGCAGCACCUGCUGGCGCACGCCCAGGACCAAAAGGGCCCCUGUGCCCCGGACACCAAGACCAAAGUGGCAGAGCUGACCAUCGUCCUGUGCUCGCACUGCGGCCAGACCUUCAAGCGCCGCUCCAGCCUCAAGCGUCACCUGCGGAUUCACGCCAAAGACAAGAGCCACCAGGGCCCCGAGGGCGCAGACAGCCCGCGCCCCGCCCCGGAGCGCAGGCCCUACGUGUGCAGCGAGUGCGGCAAGGCUUUCCGGCGCAGCGAGCACCUGGCGGCCCACCUGCGCGUGCACACGGGCGAGCGGCCCUUCUCUUGCCAGGUGUGCGGCCGCAGAUUCAGCCAGAGCACCCAGCUGGUCUGCCACCAGCGAGUGCACACCGGCGAGAAGCCCUACGGCUGCCCACAGUGUGGCAAGCGCUUUGUGCGCAGAGCGAGCCUGGCCCGCCACCUCCUCACCCACGGCGGCCAGAGGCCCUACCGUUGUGCCCAGUGUGGCAAGACCUUCAGCCAGACGCAGGACCUGGCCCGCCACCGGCGCAGCCACACGGGCGAGAAGCCCUGCCGCUGCAGCGAGUGCGGCGAGGGCUUCAGCCAGAGCGCCCACCUGGCGCGCCACCAGCGCAUCCACACCGGGGAGAAGCCCCACGCCUGCGACACCUGCGGCCACCGCUUCCGCAACAGCUCCAACUUGGCCCGCCAUCGCCGCAGCCACACGGGGGAGCGGCCCUACGGCUGCAAGACGUGCGGCCGGAGCUUCCGGCGCAAUGCCCACCUGCAGCGGCACCUGGCCACCCAUGCGGGCACCGGGGACCUGGCAUCCGGGCAGGCCGAGCCCCCCCAAGAGUGCCUGGAGUGCGGCAAGAGCUUCAGCCGCAGCUGCAACCUGCUGCGCCACAUGCUGGUGCACACAGGGGCCAGGCCCUACUCCUGCACGCAGUGUGGCCGCAGCUUUAGCCGCAACUCCCACCUGAUUCGCCACCUGAGAACCCACUCCCGGGAGACCCUGUACUAGCAGGCUUGCCCUGCAGGCCUCUCCCUGGCCUCCUGGCAGCCCGGGCCUGCAGGGGAGCUCCUGGCCUUACCCACCCUUGCUCGGCCCACACCACCUCCCUCUGGCGCAGGUGAACCCUGCGAUAGCUCUUCCCUUCCCCGGAAGCAUCUCUUCCUGGCCUCGGCAAGUAUUUGA